AUGUCGAACACGAUUCUUUCCGCUUCCGCGAAGGGGGCCACCUUUCUUAUCCUGCUGCAGGUCGCAUCCCGGGCGCUCACUUUUGCGGUCAAUCAGAUCCUGUUGAGGUUCUUGUCGCCUGAGCUUCUGGGCGUUUCAGCUCAGCUCGAGCUGUUCUCCAUCUCUGUGCUCUACUUUGCGCGGGAGAGCUUGCGAGUGGCCCUGCAGCGACAGGCACAUGGAACGCAGGCUAUUGUCAAUCUCUCGUACCUGGCGAUCUUCUUUGGUACACCGCUGGCUUACUUAUUGGCGCUCUUUUGGCUGCGCUCAGACACGCCGGCUGUUCCGUACUUUGUGGAAGCAUUGAUCGUGUAUUGCCUCGCGACGUUCAUUGAACUCCUGUCUGAGCCCGCGUUUUCGGUCGUGCAACAGAAGCUGCUUUACAAGAUUCGCGCUUCAGCUGAGAGCACGGCAACGCUGCUUCGCUGCGUCGGAACAUGUGGCUCUGCCAUUGUCGCUAGUCGAGCUGGCCUCGACAUUGGUGUGCUACCUUUCGCCGUUGGCCAAUUGGCAUACGCUCUAUCUUUGCUCGUUGUAUACACGUACAAUACAUGGCCUGUCUCGAAGGCCGAUAGGUUCUCAUUGUUCCCUGAGAAAACUCCCUCCACAAAAGACAGUCCAUCAGUGUUGAACUAUUUUUCGACUCCUCUUCUGCGGCUCACGGGAUCUCUUACUCUUCAGUCAACACUCAAGUACAUCUUGACGCAGGGCGACUCACUUCUCAUCACGUCUCUAGCCUCGCUCGCGGACCAAGGGGCAUAUGCACUCGCGUCCAACUAUGGGGGCCUCAUUGCGCGUAUGCUAUUCCAGCCUAUUGAAGAAAGUAGUCGCAACAUGUUUGCCAAACUAUGCGCCGGCUCUGAAGCGAAAUCGAACAACAGGGAGAAGGAUGACCCCAAGCAAGCCGACGAGGAGAAGCAGAACCUUGCCCAAGCAUCCCGAGUGUUGACAACUAUCCUCCGUCUGUACGGCAUCAUCUCUCUGUUUGCCAUUACACUGGGGCCAACACUCGCUCCUCUCCUUCUCGGCAUCGUAGCAGGCAAGAAAUGGUCUGCCACGUCCGCGGCCACAGUUCUAUCUACUUACUGCUAUUACAUCCCAUUUUUGGCCAUCAAUGGAGUGACGGAAGCAUUCGUUGCUGCUGUCGCAACUAGCAAAGAGCUCUACGCACAAUCUGUCGCAAUGGGAGUCUUCUUCGCCUUAUUCGCAGGCAGCGCAUGGUUCUUCAUCGGCCAACUGGAGCUCGGAGGCAGCGGUGUGGUGCUGGCUAACACAGUGAACAUGGGUCUGCGCAUAAUCUGGAACACCUGGUUCGUCAACAAGUUUUUCAACCAAAGGGGAUCGAGCUUCAAACUAUCGGAGACGUUGCCUUCACUCACUUCGCUCGCCCCGGCUGUUAUCGUUCCUACUUUGAUGCAGAUGCGACCAGGCAUUGGUUUCCUCAGAAGAUUCGGUGUGUUUGGAGAGCUGGUUAGUAUGGGCGCCAUCGGAGGCGUAUACGUCUUGCAUGUGCUCUUCUUCGAGAGACAGUUCCUGAUGGACUGUUACCGGAUGCUUCGCCCAUCACGAGCUCCCGCUGCGCCUCAGACAUAA